AACAAAAGAAUAUUAUGCUUAAUUUUUGUAUUUCUAUCCACUCUAUUGUUAUAUCCAAUGAUCUUUUAAUUUAUUAUUAUUAAGAUUAUUGUUAAAAUUUUUUAUAAAAUUGUGCACUUUUAUUCCUAUUAUGAAAUUGUCAUAGAUUUUUAUGUUAUGUUUCAUAUCAAAGUUGUGAUUAAAACAAUAUAAAAAAUGUAUAUGGAACAGUUAUCCAAUUUACAACCAUAUGAAUUACAUAAAAAACUCUUGGACCAAUAUUUAAGUUUUUGUAAACGAAGAGAUGCACAAAAAAAUGAAAAACGAGAUAUUGAUGUUAUACAAGAAAAUCAUAAAUUUGUUUGGGAAGAUGAUGAUGAAAUAGUUACAUGGGAACAAAAGUUAGCAAAAAAAUACUAUGACAAAUUGUUUAAGGAAUACUGUAUUUGUGAUUUAAGUCUUUAUAAAAAAUCUAAGGUAGCUAUGCGCUGGCAAAUUGAAAAAGAAAUGAUAAGUGGAAAAGGACAGUUUAUUUGUGGAAAUAAAAUAUGCAAUGAAUCAAAUCACCUACGUACUUGGGAAGUUAAUUUUGGAUACAUGGAACACGGGGAGAAGAAAAAUACUUUAGUUAAAUUAAGAUUAUGUCCUGAUUGUUCAAAUAAGUUGAAUUAUAAACAAAAAAGGAAAGAAAUAAAACGUAAAGUUUUUAAAAGUACAAGAAAUAAAUUUAGUGAAAAAUCUGUAAAGGACAAUGAUAUAAUAAUUUAUCAAAUACCUACUUCUAGUAAUACUCAAUCAAUACCCAGUAAUGUUAAUGAAAACAAUGUUUGGAGUGAACAAAUUCAAGUGGAAGAUGAAAAACCUAGAGAAGAUGAUUUUGAAGAUUACUUAGAACAGUUAUUUUUUUAAAUAAAAUUUAUUAACAAUCAUUUUAUAACUACAGAUACAUGUAUAUACAUGAUAAAUAAAUAAAUAAAUAAUGCCAAU